GUGAGCCUCAAUUCUAUGCUACUUGUUCCCUAAUCAAAUAAUUUUUUCGUAUCUUUAAUAUUUUUUACUUCUACAACUUUUGUUUAGUAUAUAUAUUUGUAUUGAGAGAUUGAUUAAAAAUAUAAUUAGUAGUGAUUUUUCAAAAAUUCGUUAAAUAUGCUUUCUAAUAGUGAAAUUAAUGUGUUUUGUUAUUAGUUUUUAUUGUAAGGUUUUCUAUGCCGUCAUUUAAUUUAAUCAGCUUGAAAUCUUUAUUGAAAUAAUUAAGCGCUUGUAAAAUCAAACUUAGAUAUUUAAUCUUAUCGUCUACAUAAGUUAUUUUGCAAAACGACAAUUUUUCCGUUAAUUACGAAAUCGAAAAACAAAUGGCAGUUGUGAUAAAAAUGAUCAUUUGUGUUUCUGUUAGUUUAUUUUUCUUUUAUUUUGUACAAGCAGAACAAAUAUACAGCAAAUUUGAAUAUAAGUAUUCGUUUAAGCCACCUUAUUUGGCUCAAACAGAUGGCACCGUUCCAUUUUGGGAAUAUGGUGGUAAUGCUAUUGCUAGUUCAGAGAAUGUUCGAAUAGCGCCAUCACUCAGAAGUCAGAAAGGAGCUAUUUGGAGUAAACAGCAAAUAAAUUUUGAUUGGUGGGAGAUUGACUUAGUUUUUCGUAUAACUGGAAGAGGAAGAGUUGGAGCAGAUGGUUUAGCUUUCUGGUACACAACUACAAAAGGACUAGCUAACGGUACAGUUUUUGGAAGCUCUGAUCGGUGGAAUGGACUUGGAAUUUUUUUUGACUCAUUCGACAAUGAUAAUAAGCAUAAUAAUCCUUAUAUCAUGGCAGUUCUGAAUGAUGGGACAGAAUUAUUCGAUCAUACCAAUGAUGGCGGUUCACAGAUCCUAGCAGGUUGUUUGAGAGAUUUUCGAAAUAAACUAUUUCCGACCAAAGCCAAAAUAGAAUACUAUGAAAACUCAUUAACGUUACUGUUUCAUGGUGGAAUGACAAAUAGCGAGGAGGACUAUGAGGUAUGCUUUCGCGUAGACAAUAUUACCUUACCGAAAAAUGGUUACUUUGGUUUGUCAGCAGCUACCGGAGGAUUAGCUGACGAUCAUGAUGUGUUACACUUUUUAGUAAAAUCACUGCAUCCUUCAAGUGAAUCCAAUUUGAAACAGCAUAUGGUCUCAAAUGAAGUAGAAGAUAAAAUUAGUGAAGAAUACAAAAAUUAUCAAAUAAAGCUGGAAAAACAGAAGGAAGAAUAUCGAAGGCAUCAUCCUGAAGAACAGCGUGAAAGUGAAGACUUUGGCGAUUGGUAUGAAAGUGACAAUCAGCGAGAGUUACGACAAAUUUUUGCUGGCCAAAGCCAAAUAUCUGAUAUUGUUCGUAGUCUUAAUAAUAAAUUAGAUGAUAUUAUUACACAACAGGAAAAAGCAAUACGGUUAGUUUCACAUGUCGACUUUACAGAUAAAGACUAUCGCAGAACGAAUACUGAAUCAUCUGUCGAGUAUAAGAAGAAAGAAGUAGAAAUAGAAGUUUUAUUGAAUAACCAGCAUAAUAUUUUAAGUACCAUGCAUGAAAUAACAUCUUCUAUGAAAUCACUGAUGUUGAAAGUAGAUACAAUUUUAAAUAUUAGUCAAAAUGUUGCCCAGGUGCAACCUUUGCCAUUUGAUUAUCAAUCAUUUAUAGCUGAAAUAAGAGAUGGAUUAAAUUUAUUAAAGAAUGAUAUUUUGCAAACAAAUUCAAAAAUACAAAACAUUGGAUCUAAUUGUCUUGCAAGUAAUUGUAUUAGCACAACUACAUUUUUAGUAUUUUCAAUUGUUCAGAUUUUAUUUAUAUUAGGCUACAACAUUUACAGAAACAGCAGAGAGAUUCAAGCCAAGAAAUUCUAUUGAUAAGAAAAUUGGAUGUUUUUAGAGCAAACUUAGUAUAAUGACGAAAGAUGCUGAUAAAAAAAUUGUAGUGGAUUGCUCCCUACAUAUUUUUAAAAAGUACAUAACCUGAUUACUCAUGGAAUAUUAAAAAAUUAUAUUGAUCAGAUAUUUUUUACAUUAGCUUGUACGUGCUGCU